CGCUAGUUUAGGUCCGGGACCAGGCUCAUGUUCUGGAACGUUUAUGGAGUGCUUAAGCGUUGAGUGUUGCUCGUUAUCGCCGUCUUCCCCUUCCGUCCGAAUUGCGGCGCCGCUUCUAGGGCUAUUAUCCUCCCAUCUGUUCCUCCCUCUCGUCCUUAUAUUCCGACUCUUCGUUGCGCUGGUGCCUCUUUCUGUCUCCUUUGGCUGUCACCCUCUGCGUAUUUGCUCCCUACGUCUGUAUCGUGGCCUUCGUAUCAUGUCCAGAGUGUUCCAGAGCUGGACCACAGAAGAGCAGGACGACUUCUUGAAAGUAUGGUGGCACAAGUACACGAUCGCCAAGAGGACCUCGAUCGCCGCAGAGUGCAGGUUCUGGUGGGACGUUACGACGGCUUGGAUUCGCACCUGGCCCGACCACUACACGUUACUUUCCCGCAGUGCUGUGGGUAGCAUUUGGAUCCCGAGGUUCAAUCAUCGCCGUGUUUGUGUUUUGACCUAUCACCUAUAUGACUGGUUCCAUGCGUACGAAAGAGCGGUAGAAGAGGGUUUAGAGGCCGGUACUGCCUCGCCAAAAUCAAUCCCUUCAACGCCGUCACCAUUCUCGACACCCUCGACGUCCUCAAUGCAAUUUUCGCCAUCGUCGCCCUGAGCACUGCACUCAACGUUUGCAGUGCUGUCACCCUCGUUGUCUUCCGGAUAGUAGCGUUGCAGUAGUAUAUUGACCGUAUGUACAUUGGGUAAACUGCUUAGCUUUCCGUUCUACUUGACUAGUCACCGUUAU